AGGGAGAGAGAGAGAGAGAAAAUAACCGAGCUGACAGGGUUGCCACAGGCUAACACAUUGUGUUGAGUCACUUCUGACCAAGCUUCUAAAACACAGCGCAGGUUAAAAUGUGUUGUGAAAAGUCAAACUGAAGAAAAAGGAGCCAAGUUGACCAACCACCCUGAGGUUUGUCACAAUGAUUUGGAAAGUGAUUAAUUUCAGUGCUCUCCUUCUUGGAGCACUCACAUCCCCAACUCCAUCUUCACCCCCCAUCUCUAACACUGAGGAAGGACCAUGUCGCAUCUACAACUCUGGCAGCUCUGCAGACUGUCUGGGUAGACAGCUCAACAGUGUCCCCUGGAGACAAUUUCCAUCCACACUUGAAGCUGUAGAUCUCUCCUACAAUAAACUUCAAGCUGUCCAUGCUGAUGACUUCCUCCGCCUCCCUCGGCUUCGCAAGCUUCUGCUGCAGUACAAUAACAUCUCACACAUUGACGAUGAUGCCUUUAAAAACAACACGCUACUGGAGCAUCUUGACAUCUUUAAUAACUCCCUGCAGGAAAUUCCUGCCAGAGCUCUGACGCCUCUCUUGAAUCUAAAGAAGCUCUACAUGUCCAAUAACCUUUAUAAACAUGCCACUUUAGCUGAUAGCUUCUCCAAAUUUGUCAAACUCCAGGUUUUGUCAAUGGGUGGUCCUCUGGUGAUGGGUCUAAAGAAAGCAGAUUUUCAGCCACUGAAGAACAUCAAGUUACAAGGAUUUUCAGUCAAAUGCUCCUCCAAUCUAAGCUACUAUGAGCCUGGAAGUUUAGAAAUCAUUCAGACGCAGAUGAUGGGCUUCGAUAUGGCCAUAGAUCAACGGCCAAGUGCUCUCCCUCACAUGCUACGAGACCUCGCCAACAAGACAUUCAGCCUCAUCCAGUUCCGUAAUCUCUUUGAGUUCACUUACUACAUGGAGAAGGAGGACAUUUUUCAAGGAUUAAAAGACAUCACAGCCAAUCAGCUUAUCUUUCACAGAGGUAAAUUCAACGAGAAUCUCCUGAGGAUGGCUUUAAUGAACUUACAGGUCACCCCUAUCAAAUGGUUGAGACUUCAGUACAUUGACUUUGCCCGUUCACCCACGUUUGUUGACAGUGGAGCAGGUUCCAGCAUCACAGACCUGGAACUAGAUAAGUUGGAUCUUUGGUAUAUCAGCAAUCCUGAUAUACUGAGAUUUGACUGGCGUUUCACCUGGUUCAACAAAAUUAAGGAUCUGUCCAUUCGGUAUGUGUAUUUCAACUCCGUGCCUUGUGACUCCUGGGUUGAGAUGGAGGGUGUGGAGUCCCUGGACGUUUCCAAUAAUCGACUACAGAAUGAAUUCAUCUUCAACCAGCGGUGUGAUUAUAAGGGCUCCAUGCCAAAUCUUCACACUUUCAACCUCAGCACGAAUGAACUGACAAGCUUAAAAGACUUGUCAUCACUAACAAGGGAGUUCCAGCAGCUUCAGGUGUUGGAUUUAAGCAACAACAAACUUGGAUCUGCUGAAAACAGUCAGGACUGUGUUUGGCAACAAAAUAUCACUCAUCUUAUCGCUCACCACAAUCAGUUUGUAAGUGAAGCCCUCUGUUGUCUGCCCACCACCGUGCACUAUUUGGACCUGUCUUACUGCAACCUGGACCAGCUGGACAUGAUGUACUUUGAGAAAGCAACUAACCUGAAAGAGCUCCUGCUGAGUGGGAAUAAAAUCAAGUUCAUCCCAUCCAAGUGGGAGAGUCUGUCACUGCAGUCACUAGCUUUGGAUGGGAAUUCGUUUGGCCUCAUUAGCAAGGCGUCCUUCCAGGACAUGCCUCGGCUGUCUCAACUGAGAGCGGGGAAUAAUCCUUACCAUUGCACUUGUGAGCUUCAUGCUUUCGUCCAGGACACAAUUUCACAAGGCAAGGUGAACCUCACAGACUGGCCUUGGAACUACAGAUGCUACCACCCAGAGGCUUUCCUUAACACAGUCAUAUCCAAAUACUUCCCAGGUCACGUGGCUUGUGAUAUCAGACUAGUUAUCGUCAUCUGUGUUGCAACCACUACAGCAGUGAUCUUGAUACUGAUGCUGAUCUGCUAUAUUUUUGACCUCCCGUGGUACACUAAAGCCACAUAUCAGAUCAUCAGGGCCAAAUACAGAGCUCAUAAGGAAAAAGCAGCAGGGGAAUUAGGGACUUUUACCUAUCAUGCCUUCAUAUCCUACAGCCACUCCGAUGCAGACUGGGUGAGGGACGAGCUCUUACCCUGUUUGGAGAACAACAGAAACCCCUACCGUCUGUGUAUCCAUGAGAGGGAUUUCAUGCCAGGAAAGUGGAUCAUCGAUAACAUCAUUGAGAACAUUGAAAACAGUCGAAAGGUAAUAUUUGUCCUCUCACGGCAUUUUGUUAACAGUGAGUGGUGCAACUAUGAGCUGUACUUUGCCCAGCAGAGAGCAAUGGGAAAGACCUUCAGUGAUGUUAUCCUGGUGGUAAAGGAGCCCAUUGAUCCCAACUCCCUGCCCAGCAAGUACUGCAAGCUUAAGAAGAUGCUCAGUACUAAGACGUACCUGGAAUGGCCCCAGCAUGCCAACCAGCAGGUGUUUUUCUGGGAGCAGCUGAGGAGUGUUUUGGGCAAGCCGACAAUGACCAGAGAGGGUACACACAGUGUCAAGAGCAGAACUUCAUCUGAGGGUGGCAUUUCUGUGAUUGGGCUCCCUAUGGAGGAUCAGAGGCCAGAAGUAGUGAAACCUAACAUGGAUCAAGAAGAGGAACUCGGAAACAAGAUUAUUAACAGGAAUAAUCAUGAGUUGUCCAAUCAGGGACAAAUACCUGUGGUGGCAUUUUGACCACUAGCUUACAUUUCUUCAGUAUUGUGUCAGCAAAAGCCUGAACUCAGGUAACCUUUUGAUAUGCCAAGCUGGGAGCAAAAGCCAAUGUCUCAUUAAGAUGACAGACAAUAACAUGAGCCCUACCUGCCUAUGGCAUUCUGAUAUGUUAUCCCUGAGGGCUGAGCUGAUGCCCUCUGCUCCACUUACCCUUUGAGCGUCUCAGACCCAGUGCCCGCUGACAGGCGCUGAAAGGCCACAAACUCAGCGGCUCAAAUGAGAUCUCCCAUGUUGCAAUCAGGAUAACAAGCCAGGUGCCAGGAAGACGUGGUGACAGGUGCCGCAUUGUGAAGGGACCGUACUCUGUUACAUUCUUGGCCCUAAGAGGUAUGAGAUCACAAAUGUUCCAUCUCGGAAAUCUCACAGCCGAGUCAAAGGCUGUACAGACCACAUAAUAUCAACACUUAAUGCUGUGUUUUGGGAAGAUUACUAACAUACCUGGGAACAUAAUAGUCAAAAUCACAAGUGAAUCUCAAUAUAUCAUUCAAUUCAGCAAUCUAUGCUGGCUCUUGAGUACAGGCAAUGCUUAGUGAUGAAAAGUAAAGUACACAAGAGAGACAACUGAGGACUCCAGGAAAUUAUAUUUGUAUCAUCUCUUUGAGUGUGUGCUAAUUGACUCAUAAACUGAAGUAGCUUUCUGUAGGCCUUCCGCUCUUUCAAGUGGACUGUUCCUGUAUUAAACUAUUACAUGCAUGGUCUGAUAAUCACUGAUUUGAUUGCUGCCAAAAGUUCGUCUUAACUUGAUCUGAUUGUGUUGCUUUUAUCAGUCCUCGUAAGUCACUGUUGUUAAUUGCCUUAGAUAUGUUUUUAAUAAACCUCUCAUCACAUGUGGAAAUAAGUGGACAAAUCCCAUCAGAAAUUAUUUUAAACUUAAUAGAUGUUUGGCCAUUUGGGUGCAGAUGAACAGACACACCUUUAUCGCUGGCUCUUUAAAUGACCCAAAACAGCCGCUGGUUUGUCACUACUGGUGACUCCUUUCACAUUCUACAUAGUCAACUUUUUUUUUUCUUUUUCUUUUUUUGCAUGAAAUGACAAACGUAGCUAAGUGUUUAUAACAAGUCCAAGGUAAGGGUCAGGUUGUAUUUAAAAAAAAAUCCUUGCAGUAAAUCAUGGUGUUUUAUCCUUUAGGUGUCUUUACACACUUUAUAAUAAGUAAAUAAAAACUAUCAGAAGAUAAAGCAAGUCACUGCCCCUGAUUUUGUCAUGAAAAGAAAUUGUAUUAUAAACAACAAUGUCCCCCUCCUUUUUUUUGGAUAAGAAGCAUACUAUGUACAGUUGGCAAAUGUUUUUUAGUAACAUUUUUGUUGUGUUCUUUUUUAUUGGAUUUGAGCUGAGCUCAGACCUGUGCCAUGAUGGUUACUCUUUUUUGAAAGCAUUUUGGAUUUUUUUUGGAUUCUUUCCAAAUGUUUUAUAUUCAGAUUUGCAUCAGUGUUAUACGACAGUUUAAAAAAAGAAGAAUUUGUUUCUCUCCUACCUGCAAAGUUUGCAUGUGUGGCCAUUUGCAGAGUUUGCAAUCAGCCUGUAGAUGACACCCUUGAACUUAAUAUCCUCUGAUGGAUGUUGUCAUUACCACACACACACACACACACACACACAGACACAGACAGAGAGAGAGAGAGAGAGCUCAAAGUUUUGUAGUUUUUUUUAAUGACAAAGUGAGUGAACGAUGAGCUGCACAAGUCCUUAUCACUGCAUAUAAGAAAUGCAUUAUAUAUCUAAAUAUAAGGCAUUCAGGCAUGGGACAUAAAAUGACAGACUCUUAGUAUGUGUAUACUUUUAGUAUUUCCUGCUCUAGAAAUGAUAUUCAUGUGCAGUAUGUGCCUUACUGUUAUGACAUGUAAAAUAUUGAUAAGUCUUACAACGCAGUAUUCAUGCAUCGUUGUGUAACUGAAUAAAAAUGUAAAUGUUUUA